AUGGGCCGAUCUGUUUCUGACGCCGGUGGCGCCAGAGAAGCAGAGGUGGCUAACGAUGGGCCUUCAGAGCACCAGGAACAGAAUGCUAAAUCGGUCUACAAGGUGGGUCUCCCCCCCCGCCGGAGGCUUCUGAGCGAGUUCAAAGAGACCGUGAAGGAGACCCUCUUCCACGACGACCCCUUGCGCCCUUUCAAGGACCAAUCCAAGAGGAAGAAGAUCAUUCUGGGCCUCCAGGCCUUCUUCCCCAUCCUUGACUGGGGGAGGCGCUACGACUUGACCAAGUUCAAGGGGGAUCUCGUCGCUGGACUCACCAUUGCCAGCCUGUGUAUUCCCCAGGUAACAAUAAUUCAUGUAAAUUCACACCAUCGUUGCUUGCGGCCGCAUAAUCUGCAUUCCAACGGUGCGUUCUUUCCCAAAAUCUUGUAGGAUAUUGGGUACGCCAAGCUGGCAAAGCUCCCCCCAGAAAAUGGGCUCUGUAAGCAAGCUUCUACCGCUCAUACAGUCAGAAUCUUUGACCUGAAAAUCUCAGCUUUUUCUUCCCAAUUCAAUGGUUUCCUCCUCUUUCAAAUCCUUUUCAGACUCGAGCUUCGUUCCGCCACUGGUCUAUGCGGCCAUGGGGAGCUCGAGAGAUAUCGCCAUUGGACCUGUAGCUGUAGUGUCCCUCCUGCUGGGAACUCUUCUUCAGAACGAGAUCGAUCCUGAUAAAUAUCCCGUCGAGUACAAGAGGCUGGCGUUCACUGCAACAUUUUUCGCUGGGCUCACUCAGGCUACUCUUGGACUGCUCAGGUGAUCUGGUCGAGAGGAUCUUCCCCAAGUGGCUCAUAUCAUUCCUUUCCAAGCUUUAUUUUCUUCAUACAUUGAAAGGGGCUACAAUUCCAUUAUCGGGGCCAUUUUCCUCUCAAGGCUCUGCAACUAUACUGUGAUUCCAGUUUUGGUUUUGUUCCUUCUCUCGCGCCCACUUAUGUGUGCCGUUUUCUCAGGUUGGGCUUUGUGAUCGAGUUCUUGUCCCAUUCUGCCAUUGUGGGGUUCAUGGGAGGAGCGGCCAUUACGAUCGCCCUCCAGCAGCUCAAGGGUCUCCUUGGCAUAAAGAAUUUUACCAAGAACACAGAUAUUAUCUCAGUCAUGCGCUCAGUCUGGGGUUCUGUCCACCACGGGGUGAGUUCAAAAAUAAAAAAUAAAUAUAAAUAAAAAAUCAUCUUUUCUCUCUCUAACCUAGCUCAAUCGAUUCUUUCCUUGGUUUGCAGUGGAAUUGGCAGACGAUUCUCAUCGGCACCUCAUUCCUUGCCUUCCUUCUUCUGGCGAAAUACAUCGUAUGAACCAAGAUGCCCGCCUAUUUCCCAAAAGUCAACUCCAGAAAAAAAAAAAAAAAAACUCUCACCCACCCUUUUACUCUAUUUCCCUGAUCAGGGAAAGAAGAAUAAGAGGUUCUUCUGGGUGCCGGCAAUCGCCCCGCUCAUCUCUGUGAUUCUGGCAACGUUCUUCGUCUAUAUCACUCACGCUAAUAACAAGGGAGUCCAGAUCGUAAGUACCACUCCCCCCCAUCAGAAUUCAUUCUAGAAUCUCUUUGUUCCUUCUCUUCAUGAUCCCUGAAGCGCGUGGUGGCAUCUGGCAGGUGAAUAAAAUCGAAACAGGCAUCAAUCCAUCAUCGGCUGAUGAAAUCUACUUCACGGGUUCGUACACCGGGAAGGGUUUCAAGAUCGGAAUUGUGGCUGGCCUGGUGGCUCUGACGGUCUGUCGGCGGCAUAUAUUAUCCUGCCCACAUGAAUAGUCCUACCUAUUUAUAGAUAGUUCCAUAAUCCUAAACAAUGAGAGGUAUUGCAGGAAGCUGUGGCCAUAGGGAGGACAUUUGCGGCCAUGAAGGACUACCAGCUGGAUGGGAACAAGGAGAUGGUGGCCCUCGGGACCAUGAACAUCGUCGGUUCGUUGACUUCUUGCUAUGUGGCUACAGGUAUGGAGAGGGAAGAUCUAUAGAUCUAACAAGACGGAUUGAGAUAACUUGGGCAUUAAUGAGCUUACCAGAAAUGGGUUUUUUUGUCCAUAAUUAAGUAUUUCUCUUUUUUUUUCAAGGGUCCUUCUCGAGAUCGGCUGUGAACUACAUGGCCGGCUGUCAGACGGCGGUCUCCAAUAUGAUUAUGUCCUUGGUUGUGUUGCUGACUCUGGAAGUGAUCACUCCCCUCUUCAAGUAUACUCCAAAUGCGAUCCUCUCGUCGAUUAUAAUAUCGGCGGUGAUCGGGUUGAUCGACAUUGAUGCCGCCCUGCUUAUUUGGAAGAUCGACAAGCUCGAUUUCAUGGCUUGUUUGGGAGCAUUCUUUGGAGUAGUAUUUGUGUCCGUUGAAAUUGGACUUCUAAUCGCUGUGAGAUUUUUAUUUUUUUUAAAAAAAUUCUUCUAUAUUUAUAAUCGAGGUUAUGUGGUUGGGCACUGAUAGAUCUAAGUUUUUUCCCUUUUUUUUUUUUUUUUUCUUUCUUCUAAACAGGUGAUCAUAUCAUUUGCGAAGAUUCUGCUACAAGUGACUCGACCGAGGACCGCCGUCCUUGGGAACCUCCCUGGAACUACCAUUUAUAGGAACGUUGACCAGUACCCAGAGGCAACAAGGGUUCCUGGGGUGAUGAUCGUGAGAGUUGACUCGGCUAUUUAUUUUUCCAACUCAAACUACGUGAAGGACAGGUAGAGAUUCUUCAUGGGCUUUGACUAAUCAGGAUCAAAUCUAUUUUGAGUAAUCUUACUGCCAAACACCCACAGAAAAGAAGAUCUAACGAAAAUAAACGGAUAUAUAUGGAAAAGAAAAAAAAUCUAACAAAGAAAAAACAAUCUGAAUCCACAACAGAUAGCAUCCUCAAUAGUUCUCAAUACCGUGUGGGUUUCAUGGAAAUCACUUGAUCGAGCCCACCAAGACUGGGCCAGCAUUAAAGCUCAUAGGACCAUGAUUGAGGUGUCAUAUUACUAAAAAAUGAUGUGAUAUUUUGCAGGAUACUAAGGUGGCUGACUGAUGAGCAGGAGAAGCUAGAGGAGAAUCAGCUUCCAAAGAUAGAAUUUGUGAUCGUGGAGAUGUCCCGUGAGUAAUACUAAUCAAACUAUAUCAGAUCCAACUUCUUAAUCCCACUUAAUACGGUAAUUAGAUGGGUUUUGGGCGCAAAUCUCAUCUAAUCUUCUCGCCUUUUCCUUGCUCUAUCAGCGGUCAUCAACAUAGACACCAGCGGUAUCCACGCCCUGGAAGAUCUGUAUAAGGGCCUACAGAAGAGGGGUGUUCAGGUGAUUAAUCUGGAGCGACUAUGUUCUCAUUUGUGAAUUAACCUACGUUCUUGGGUGAUAUCUGAUAAUCGGAACCAUAGCUUUCUAAAUAUAGGAUGAAGGAUGCGGAUGUAAUCUUAAUCUGUAGUUCGAAUUAACCAGAUGCUGUUUUUGGGAAGUCUGAGGAGACUUACAGGCAUCUGAUGCGCUCUGGUGCAGCUGGCUCUUGCGAACCCGGGGGAGCCGGUGAUGGAGAAGCUGCAUGCGUCCAGAUUCAUAGAGCUCAUAGGCCACGACAAGAUCUUCCUCACCGCCGGAGAGGCCGUCCUCACCUGUACCCCAAAACUGGCGACAGAUGUCUGA